CUGUGUCCCUCAGACACAGCGGAUCACCGAUCCACGGACCAAGCUAAACAUUUCGGCUCGAGGGGACAUGUACAAAGAUCAUCAGAGCACUGAUAAUCAGUGUGCCCUGAUGAUCUGUGUAGCACCAGCAGCGCCACCUGUCAGUGUCCAUCAGUGCCAGCUCUCAGUGCUCAUCCAUGCCACCUGCCAGUGCCCAUCAGUGACACAUCAUUGCCACAUCAAUGCCACAUAUCAGUGCCCAUCUGAGCUGCCUUUCAGUGUCAUCCAUCAGUGCCAGUCAGUGCCAUCUAUCAAUGCCAGUCAGUGCCACCUAUCAGUGCUGCCAAUCAGUGCCACCUAUCAGUGCCAGUCAGUGCCGCCUAUCAGUGUGCAUUAGUUCCGCCUAUCAGUGUGCACCAGUGCCGCUUAUCAGUGCCCGUCAGUG